AUGGCAACCGGCGCGCCGGCCAAGAAUGCCGGCCACGGCAUAGCAGCACUGCCACAAUCGUCAGGUAGCCGGCAUGAACCUCUGCCCAAUAAGGAAGCGUCCCACGUUUCUAGAAAGACUACCGAUGGCUUCGGUUCCAGCUUUCCGGGACGGGACCACGUGCUUCUCGUCAAGGGCCGCCGCAGCUGGAUCCUCCCUCAGGGCUGGCGGCUAGAGAACAACCUCAUCCUCGGCGUGGGCUUUCUCGAGCUUGCCAAUGCGGGAGACUUUGCAGCCAACAUAUGGAACGACAUACCAGUCCCUAUAUACGCUGUUAUACUGAUGGCGAUUGGUGGGACAGCCGCUGGCACCAUUUCCAUCUUUGCAUACUUGGACUCGAUCAGAUCAUGGCACAAUAUCAAGUUCCUGCGCCGACAACAAGCAAUGUUUCAAUCAGCACAGGCUCGGCACCUCGAUGAUGCACAAACCUCGCAGACUGCUCUGGGGGUCAUUGAGAAGCUUACCAAGCGUGAGCUUUGGACCGAGGGGAUCAGUCGUUGGGGUAUGGCCGUGCUGAUGGGCAUUGGUGCAGUUCUCAUAUCCAUCGGCACUUUCAUGGCCAUUGGAGGUGCCAAUCGAACAGUUUGGCACGUCAGCAAUCUUCUCUCUGGAUAUCUUGGAAACGCACCAAUUGCACUGUUUGGCCUAAUCAAUGCCUCAUGGCAAGUCGUCGUCUGGAUAAAGAUGCAUCAUCACAAGAACGCUGCAGCCAAGACAUUGAAAGACCAUCACAUCAAUUCUUUGAUUCAGAAACGGUGCUUAAACGUCCAAUUAUAUUCAAUUGUGAAUGGCACUGCCACAAUCAUGGGCGGAGUUGGCUCCAUGCUCACACCAACAUAUUGGUGGGGAUAUGUCAUUCUGAUUCCAGUUAUCAUUUCGUCCUUUUUCUGCAAUAUCUGGUGGCGGAAAAAGGUUGGAUACGACCGUCCCGAUGUGAGCAGCACUCUAAACACUACUCCUAGUAGUCUCAUAGAGGAGCUCAACAUCGCUAUGCGCAUUAGGAAGAUCAUUGAGGAUCAUCAAGGGGACAUCCUCGCCCAUCUGAUUCCCGAGCGCGAGAAACCGAAUGACUUGAUGGCUUUCCUGACGAGCCACGGGCUUUUCGAAGUAUUCUGCCUAAAGCUCGUCAACAAUCCGAAGAUUGCUUCCCACCUUUCCGAUCCCGAGACGGCACAGCUCAACAUUGACGAAGAGAGCAUUGCUUCGCUAUGCGAUUCUCACACGACAAUUUUCUGGGAGACUGCAGAGGAGCUUCUCCAGGUCGAGGGGCCAAAGCAUUUCCGCCAUCGCCGUCGAUUUUUCCUCGAAUUUCUCGGCGAAUUCUUAAGCUACACCUCUUAG